AUGUCAUUACGGCCACAAUACUUAGCUAGUUUGAAGUUGGGCAAGGGAAUCAUCUCAAGACCCCAGAUUCGUGUCCUCCGUACGUAUCCGUUUUUGAGUGCAAGGUUUGUGUCUCAGAGUUCCAUACACAAUCGUCCGGCCGCUGCUACAAUGGGGGCACAUGUAGUGUCUGGGACUGACGCCUCGCCUUCAUCCCUGCCAUUAAUUGAUGAUGUUCAACCACCAAGCUCAGUGCAGUAUUUGAAGACUUUAUCAAAAAGGGAACUCUUCUCCCUUGGAGUCAUCGGAGUUGCAACAUUGAAUAAAUAUUUUUUGAAUUUGAUGAUAGCAGUCUUCCCAUAUGUACCGGUUCUUUUUAUUAAGCUACUAGUUUCCUCACUUUAUUGCGGUGGUGAUACGGUUCAAGAAGUUAGAGAAUGCGGCAAAAGAUUGCAAGAGCGCGGUAUAAGCAAUAUGAUGCUAUCGCUCACUAUUGAAGAUGCUGAGGGCACUAAGAAUAUUGAUAUUAAUCACAUAGUUCAGGAAACUAUAACCUCCGUUCAUGAAGUUUUGAAACCAAAUAUUUUGCAACAACUUGAAACAGCGGUUGAUGUCAACGAUGUUGCCCCAGGUUAUAUCGCUUUGAAACCAUCGGCGCUAUGUACUAAUCCAGCAAAGGUUUUGUCAAAUUUCAAAAAUCCAGAGUGGAAACAACAACGUGAUGAACUAGUAUCUAAUUGCAGUGCAAUUACAAAAGUCGUAUAUGAUUUGAAUCAAGAUCUAUUGAAGAAAUAUCCAACCAGAAAAUCUCCAUUUUUUGUUGCAACUAUUGAUGCUGAGAAAUACAAUCUACAGGUUUCAGGGGUCUACGAACUUCAGAGAAUACUCUUUGAAAAGUUCAACCCUAGGGAAAGCCCAAUAGUAUCUUGUAUUGGUACAUGGCAAUUGUACUUGACCGACUCCGGAAAAGAAUUGGAACAGGAAUAUGAGAGAGCUGAAAAGGAAGGUUAUAAACUUGGUUUGAAAUUAGUGCGUGGAGCCUAUAUUCAUUCUGAGCUCAAUCGUGAUUUGAUUAUUCAACCAACGAAAAAUGAUUCAGACAUAAAUUACAAUACUAUAAUGAGUAAAGUCAUUAAUGACUUGCUAGUCAAAGGCGCGAAAUCUACAUACGGUCAUUUGGUAGUGGCUUCACAUAACUACCAUUCUCAGAUGCUAGCAACUAAACUAUUAGAAGGUAAAGACGGCUCUGCAGGCAAAGCUAAUGUCGUUCUAGCGCAGCUGCUCGGAAUGGCCGAUAAUGUCACCUACGAUUUGAUCAGAAAUCAUCAUGUCAAGAAUAUUGUCAAAUACGUUCCUUGGGGUCCACCAAUCGAAACCAAGGACUAUCUAUUGAGGAGGCUACAGGAGAAUGGUGACGCCGUAAGAUCCGACAAUGGAUUUCCACUGCUUCAAGCUAUUUAUAAAUCCUUGUUUACUAAAGCUGCCUGA